AAGGGAGGGAGGAGAGACAGACCCGUCCUCGCUUCCCAUUUCCGUGUGUUUCACAAACCAGCGAGUUUCGCAAGUCAGUCGUCGUUAACGAGCGGCGUCGUUGUACAUUAUCAUCGCGGUAUACUAUUGCCGGCGAUUGCAAAAUUGCUCUUACGCGUACGUACGUUACCAUGCGCUCUCUGACGUAGCACAGUCGAGUUUUCCUCUUAAUUCUCGCGCGACACGUCGCAACGCGCACUCCCUCGUAAUACCGUCUCGCGCAUCGAGUACAUCGAGUGCAGCGUUCGUCAAGGAGAAAUGGCGUUGAUGCAGAGGUUACUGUCCAGGCCGAUGCGCCUCGCUCUUGGUUCGAAUUACUCCAAGUGCAAGGCCUAUUGGCAGUCGCUUGCGAAAAUCACCUCCACCACGCAGCCGCUCUUCGAAAAGCAAGAAGUCAGUAUAACAUUUGUUAAAGCCAGUGGAGAGAGAAUAUUGGCGAAAGGCAAAGAGGGAGAUAGUAUCUUGGACAUUGUUGUGAACAACGAAGUUGAUUUAGAUGGUUAUGGUGCUUGCGAAGGAACAUUGACAUGCAGUACAUGUCAUUUAAUUUUCCCCAAGAAAGUUUAUGACACCCUUCCAAAUAAGCCCACGGAGGAGGAGUUGGAUAUGUUGGACUUGGCGUAUGAACUAACCAACACAUCGAGAUUAGGGUGCCAGGUAAUAAUGACUAAGGAACUGGACGGUAUCGAAGUGCAAGUACCAACUACCAUCAACGAUGCUAGGACAUAAUGAACAAGGGUUCACUUUAACAAUUUUACCCGAUUAUGAUAAUUCUACUAAGGGGUGCGUUCAAAAAUCGUACUCGAUGAAUGGAGUAACGUUCAUUAACAAAUUACGAUAAAGCAAUCUUUGCUCUAUCUUAAUCGGUUAAUUAAGUGCCACUACCCGUCGAUUAAGAUUUCUGAACGCACCUAAGGACAAUCGCGCGGCUCUCUUGGCAAGCAUCGAAAUGCAGUUUCGCGAGGUUUCGCAUCCAACGAUUUCUUUUCUCUUGAUCGUUGUUAACCACGUGGGCUUCUGUCACCCGACAUAACACGAGUCGUCGCAUGCUCGCUGCGACGGAAUUGUACUACUUUAUUAUGUAUAUUAAUUUACGAGGCGCAUAAAAUGUAUAAAAUACACUCGAUGCGGAGGAAUUUUUUCGUCGGGACCGUGCGCAACAGGUUACCGAAACCCGUUACUGCUCCCGAUGAUUUCACGGGGUGUGUGUGUGUGUGUGUGUGAGUGUAUACGUGUACAGGCCGUGCGUCAGGUAAAAGCGUAAAUCGGCAAGUUUUGUUCGGCGAGAUCGACGCGGCGGAAUUUCUCCGGGGAAUAUUAUGUACAGCGGUUGUACGUACGCGGUUCCUACGGAACGCGCUGUAAAGGCGAUCGGGGCGAAACCUGCUUGAGAAAAUUGUAAUUGGUAGCGAUAUGCAAAAGAAUGUAGCUCGUCAAGGUCAACAGGAACUAACACUACCGGCAAGUCAUUAAAUCAUGUUAGCUACAAUA